AUGCACAGUGUAGCACGUGCAACGGCGAAAGAUCUUUCUCUUCCUUUCCGAGUGACAAACGCCUACGCCCACCAACAUUUUAUGAGUUCCAGCUACUUGUCACUUAAGAACCUACAAGAAAGUUUGGAAGUCUACAUAGAGACGUUUAAGGAUCAUGACAACCGCGAAGAUUUUGGGUACAAGUUGUGCGGUCAAGAUUUUGUUCUUGAUUUGAUAGGUAUUCUCGACCUAUUGUGGCCCCUCGUCGUGCUGAUGUUGCAGUCUCAGGCCAACUGGUGUCCAGGUUGGAAACUGUGCCGUUACGUCCCGUUGGUGAAAGCCGAGAUGAAGAAAUUCAUUGGCGAGUUGCGCAAAGAUGUUCCCGAUGCUGCCAUCUGUCCCCGAUUGCACAAGCGAAUCAGUGAAAUCAAGCGGUUACGAUACGGCAAUAGUGAAUUAGUUUUAGGUUGGUUCGUGACCGAAGAAGGUGAAGACGGAAUGCCAGUUGAUUGGGAGGCACGAGAACCGGAUGACUGCUUGUCGGAUUUGAGGGAUCUGGCAGAAGAUAUUAUUGGCGAGCUUCAGCAGCGUUUUGAAAAUAGCUAUGCAGAACUCAACAAGACCCUUCACAAAUGCUUAGAUUUUGGAAAUCUUUUUACGGCAUUGUGUGGAACAAGAGUUGAUGGGAAAAUACCUGUGGAUAACAGGAUAUUUUCGGAACAUGGAGCAGCAGAGUUUCGCCGAUGUGUCACAUUUGUAUCCCAGAUGCCGCAUGUUCGAAAGCAAAAUAUGGAGUUGGGAGGUGAGCUUUCUGCAAUGGUCUUUUGGCGACUGAAAAAAGUGUUGAUCGAAGUUGUCUGGGGGAAAAUGUUUCAUUCGCAUUUUUGGAAUUUUUUCAAGAAGAUUUCAAGCACGUCACCUGAUGGGACAGAUAUUUUGGAAAUCCAUAAUCUUCCUCAAGAGGUCGUGGUCGAAGAAUUCGAAGUAUCGGUCCCAAAGAAAUUCACAUUGUCAGAAGUCUUCCAUCUAGAAUUAAGCAAUGGAGAAACAAUGGAAGUUCUUUUUCAGGAGGAAAAUGUCAUCACAGCAUUGUACUGCGAUUCCUCAUUUUACUCUGUCAUUGGCCCAAAGUUUUGCCUUGUUUUUGACAUCAUGUACGCAAAGACAGGUACUGAAGCCGUUGCAGAAUCGUUUUACCGUGUUAUAGAGAAGCAAGAAAUGGAUGGUGGACAGAGUCACGAGGUUCUUGUCAAUCGUUCCAAGGUUGAUUGGUCUCUUCCACCAGUGAUUCAAUGUGAACCGGCUCUCACCGAAAUGGCGAGACUUUACAUAGAUGGUGACAAGGCCAGAGGUCUCAAGCGACACCACGUGCCAGUUUACAAGGACAAGAGAUCAUGGAGAAAAAGUGAAGAUGAUCUGUCCAAAGUGGUAAGAAGAAUUGUAAACGUGCCCGUAAAAUUUCCUUUCCUUCUGUAA